CAUGUCAGUUUUAGGCGCAAUUUUCCAACCAACGAUCGAGACGCCGAAGUUCGGAAAAUACAAACAAUUUUUAGUCCGUUUUCCACAGCAAAAACUGUGGGUAGAUAAUUACGAAAACCCCGGAACAAUGUCGGCUUCCAGUGGCAAAGUUGUAAUCCCGGUGGAGUCGCCAGCAGAGCAGGAGGUAGAGCACCUGAAGAACGCUCGGAAGCUGCUGAAGGAUGUUCAGAACGUGCCCACAAUGAAUAAGGAGAACGUUGGAAAGCUCAACAAGCUUCCGGCUUAUCUGACGCAUUCACACAAGGAGCUGGCCAAGAAGACGCUUUUCUCAGACGCAUUGGAAGCUAUCGAGUUGAAGCGGAAGAAGACAACGGCGGUUCAGUCCCAGUCCAGCCAGACGUCGCCGGAGAAAAAACCAGCCACCAUAACCAAACCGCAGAUAACUAUUGAAGAUCUCACAUCGUUGGAGGGCCCAAGCGAGCAGUACUGGGAGGUGUUGGCCGAAAGACGCCGGCUAGCGCUCGAGGAAUCACUGGCGGAGAAUCAGGAACUGUACGAGAAGGUCGGCGCACUGGAAGAGGAACUGAAUCUGUCCAAAGAGAUGCUCGCGGAGGCCCGCAAUCUGGUGGAGGUGUUGACGGAGCUUUUGCAGGAAGGCGAAGCGGAAAGGGAAGAAGCCGGCAGUAGUAAGGAGGGAGUUCGACAGGUGGUGGACGAUAGUGGCGUAGCUCCGGAGCCCGAUUUGCCCAGCGACGAAGAGGAUCUGUAAGUUUAAUAAUUGUUCCUCAUCUUGACUACAUAAUUACAUCGUGUCCCGGAAUCUUUAUCCUUAUCACAAUUCUUCAACGCAAAUGCCUUUGAAGACUAUCUUAGAUGAAUGUUUUAUUUUCUGUGGGGGUUUGACUGUUCUAAUUUAAAUAAUAAAACCUCAUUUAUUUAAACCAUAACUCAUACUGACAAAGGUAGCUUUAAGAAUUGAUUCUCCUACCACUCAAUAAUAAUUAUUUGUAGAUGUUAACAAUUUUGUAGAA